CCCGGAGCGCGCCCACGCCAGCGACGUCACGGUUGCGCCAUCGACCGCAGGACCGGCCCCCGCCAUCGACCAAUCGGAGCGCCACGUUUGGAGGAGUGACGGCUACGUCACGCCGCCAGGCCGCAGCACCGCCGCCGUCGGGCGGUGUUAAAGCAAGGCCAAGCCCCCCCAUUGCCAUCUGCCGUUAGGCGCCAGCUGGGGCGGUCCGGCUGCCUGGGUAUAAAAGCCGCGCGGCGCGGUGAACGCUUUUUCAGUCGCCUCGGCUCUGGCUGCGCAGGCGGCCGCCAGCGGCGAACGUCGCACCUCGAGCCGACCCGUCGCCAUCCUGGCCACCGUUCAGCAGACCCCAGCCCGGCCCUGCUCUACCCUGCCCGUCGCCGCUCCGCCGCUGCUGGUCUGCGAGUCACCCGUCGCCUCGCUGCCGGCGCCGCUGCUGCCGCCCGAGCUGACUCUGGCCGUGAGGGCCGAACCGGCCGCCAUGUCCACGCCGGGCACCCUACGGCGGCCGCUGCCACUGCAGCACCUGGCCGGCGGCGUGGCCGGCGGCGUCACCUCCACGUUGCUGCUGCACCCGCUCGAUCUCAUCAAGAUCCGCUUCGCCGUGGACGGCGGCGCCAUGCGCGCGCGCCCCCAGUACACGAGCGUGGCGAGCGCGCUCACCACGAUCGUCGGCUCGGAAGGCGUGCGCGGCCUCUACCGCGGCGUCACGCCCAACCUGUGCGGCGCCGGCGCCUCCUGGGGCCUCUACUUCAUGUUCUACAGCUCGCUCAAGUCGUGGAUGCAGUCGGGCGACCCGUCACGAGACCUGGGCGCCGCCCGUCACAUGCUCGUGGCCUCCGAGGCGGGCGUCCUGACGCUGGCGCUGACCAAUCCCAUCAGCGUGGUGCGCACUCGGCUCUGCCUCCAGACGACGCUGGACGCCACGUUGCCGGAGAGCAAGCGCUACUCGGGCAUGCUGGACGCGCUGCGCAAGACGUACCGUCAGGAGGGUACGCGCGGUCUCUACCGGGGCUUCGUGCCGGGCAUCUGGGGCGUGUCACACGGCGCGCUCCAGUUCAUGGCGUACGAAGAGCUCAAGAGCCUGUACAACCGGCGCCGUGGCCGACCGGUGCAGCAUCGGCUCUCAACGCUCGAGUACCUGCAGUUCGCCGCGCUCUCCAAGCUGUUUGCCGCCUGCAUCACGUACCCGUACCAGGUGGUGCGGGCGCGGCUACAGGAUCACCGGGCCAGCUACUCGGGCUCGGCGGACGUGAUCCGGCGCAUCCUGAGCCACGAGGGCCCGCGCGGUCUUUACCGCGGCCUGGCGCCCUAUCUGCUGCACGUCACGCCCAACGUCUGCUGCGUGUUCAUGGUGUACGAGCUUGUGACGGGCGGCGGCGGCGGCGGCCGGUGACGGUGCCGCGACGCCGCCCGUCACGCCGGCCGGUCACGACCGGCUUCGGCGGGAGGUGACCUCGCGUCCAGCAGGGGCGCCCGUCGCGGCAUAGGUCCGCGUUAUGUGGGCAUUUGACUUGUUCUCUGUGCAAUCGGCGGCAUCAAAUGGGCCAUUUGACGCACUGCGUUUCGUAUCAUCGGCGGGAGCGAGUAGCCAUCAUUUGUCACAUUCCGUGAUCACGUUCACUACGCAUUAGUCUAAGUCAAGUCAAGCACAGGGCGUGCUUAAAUAUGUAUGUGGUGUGUACGCCCAUCCUGUUACUCGCGUGUGACGGCAAGAUGCCAGGAGCUGCGACGACGAAACGUUUACGUGUGGUUUUACACACGUUUUGAUUGCACUGCCAAUGUUAAACCAAGUGAACGUGAUAUGUCUUAUCUUUAUUGUGCAACAACGUGAGAAUUCUUCCUCAUUUUGAGUCACCGAAGCCGGAGGUUCCCUAAGAACGCACGGACGAUUGUGCUACUCGAGAAAUCGAUGGUUAUCUCAGGUAAACGCAUCAUGUGCGUUGCGCAGCGAAUGAAAAUACAGCAAACUGGAGGUAUU